UACGUGUUGUCAAUAAUAGCCGAAAUCCUAGACUCCGGCGUCAAGCGCGCCUUAUUUUGUUACCACCAGCCCGAAGACAGUCUUGCUUCCCAACCGCCCGACGGCAGACCAGUGGGAGAUUGAGAGAGAAGCCGAUCGAUGGAGAAGUAUAGAGAGCUGAGGGUGGCGGCGGAGACGGUGGCGGCGGUGGACGCGCACGCUCACAAUCUGGUGGCUCUCGACUCCUCCUUCCCUUUUCUCCGAUGCUUCUCCGAGGCCGAAGGAGCCGCCCUCUCCCUCGCCCCCGAUACCCUCUCCUUCAAGAGGAGCUUGAGGGAUAUUGCUGGACUUUACAAUUGCGAGGCAUCCUUGAAUGCAGUGGAAAACCACAGGAAGUCUGCUGGAUUGCAUUCAAUCAGCUCAAAAUGCUUUGAAGCAGCCAAGAUAUCUGCAGUCUUUAUUGAUGAUGGCAUUCAGUUUGACAAAAUGCAUGACUGGCAAUGGCACAAAUCUUUUGCUCCUGCAGUUGGCAGAAUAUUGAGAAUUGAACACUUGGCUGAAACAAUUCUUAAUGAUGUGAAGUUCAGCACAUCAAAAUGGAUGUGGAUUCAUUUACUGAAAUUUCCUUACAAAAGAUUUGGAAUGGCUGUAUCCUUUGACUUACCUAUGCAAGUUCAUACAGGUUUUGGAGAUAAACUUGGAUUGAGGCUGGCCAACCCAUUGCAUCUACGUAAAGUUCUUGAGGAUAAGAGAUCUAAAUCUCGGAUUGUUCUUCUACAUGCAUCUUAUCUCUCGAAGGAAGCAUCAUAUCUUGCUUCAGUAUACUCCCAGGUCUACCUUGAUUUUGGACUGGCUGUGCCAAAGCUUAGCGUUCAAGGGAUGAUUUCUUCUGUCAAAGAACUUCUAGAGCUAGCACCUAUGAAGAAGGUGAUGUUCAGCACUGAUGGCUAUGCAUUCCCUGAAACUUUCUAUCUAGGUGCAAAGAAGGCACGUGAAGUUGUUUUUAGUGUUUUAUCAACUGCAUGUGAUGAUGGUGAUCUUACAAUUCCUGAGGCCGUGGAAGCUGUUUGGCGCAUCUUUAGACAAAACACAUUGCAACUUUACAAGCUAAAUGGUAUUGUUGAAUCUCAUGAUCACUUAAGAGCCAUAUCUUUCAACAGCACAUCCAAGGUUGGUUCAUUAGAAGAGAAUUUAGUAUUUGUCCGAAUUAUCUGGGCUGAUGCUUCAGGCCAACACAGAUGUCGUGUUGUCCCAGCAAAGCGUUUUUAUGAAGUUGUUAAGGACAUAGGUGUGGGUUUGACUCAUGCAUCGAUGGGAAUGACUUCAUUUUGUGAUGCUCCAGCAGAUAAGACCAAUCUGACUGGUGUGGGUGAGAUCAGAUUGAUACCAGAUUUAUCAACAAAAUAUAGGAUCCCAUGGGCAAGACAAGAGGAGAUGGUAUUGGCUGACAUGCACAUAAAGCCUGGUGAAGCUUGGGAAUAUUGUCCAAGAAAUGCCUUACAGAGAGUCACAAAAAUAUUGAAAGAUGAAUAUGAUCUGGUUGUAAAUGCAGGCUUUGAAAAUGAGUUUUAUCUCCUCAAAAAUGUUGUAAGAGAAGGGAAAGAACAAUGGGUCCCAUUUGAUAUGGGCCCCUACUGUUCUACUUCAGGAUUUGAUGCUGUAUCUCCUAUUUUACAAGAAGUAAAAUCUGCUCUUGAAUCCAUGGAUAUUUCAGUUGAGCAGCUACAUGCAGAAUCUGGAAAGGGACAGUUUGAAGUAGCAUUGGGGCAUACAACUUCGAAUCUUGCAGCUGAUAAAUUGAUCUAUGCUCGUGAGGCUAUCAAGGCUAUUGCUAGAAAGCAUGGAUUAUUAGCAACCUUUCUUCCAAAGUACUACUUGGAUGAUAUUGGCUCUGGAUGCCACGUGCAUUUAAGUUUGUGGCAGAAUGGCAAGAAUGUUUUCAUGGGAUCCGAGGUACCGACUACUCAAUAUGGAAUGUCAAAAGUUGGGGAACAGUUCAUGGCAGGAGUUUACUAUCAUCUUCCUUCAAUCUUAGCAUUUACAGCUCCACUUCCAAAUAGUUAUGACCGGAUUCAACCAGAUACAUGGAGUGGAGCAUAUCUUUGCUGGGGAAAAGAAAACAGAGAAGCUCCAUUGAGGACUGCAUGCCCCCCUGGUGUGCCUAAUGGGCUUGUAAGCAACUUUGAAAUCAAGUCCUUAGAUGGGUGUGCAAACCCUCACUUGGGUCUAGCUUCAAUAGUUGCUGCUGGGAUUGAUGGCAUUCGGAGAAGUCUUACCUUGCCUGAGCCUAUUGAAACGAAUCCUUCUUUUCAUGGUUCAAAACUUAGAAGGUUGCCAAAAGAAUUGGGUGAAUCUAUAGAAGCACUUUCUGGGGAUGAGAUUUUGAAUAAAUUAGUCGGUGAAAAACUUGUAACUGCUGUUAUUGGGAUUCGCAAGGCAGAGGUUGACUACUACGGAAAGAAUAAAGAUGCAUACAAAGAACUCAUUCACCGAUACUAGUAAGCUAAAUGUUUCUAGGUUGAGUAGUGGAGAAAAUAUCAUUUAUCUUAUGAAUCACUACAGUCCUGGCCUAGAAGACAAGUCAAACGCAUGCAUAGUUUUAUCUGUUUAACUUGCAUACCCAGUUAAAAUGUUGUCACUCUCAUUUCUCCCAUUAAUUUUGUAAUGGUUAUUCAGCAGUGGUGACUGUCGAGAUUCUGUGACAACAAGCAUCAAUUUUCCAGGCCAACUUUUUGUUUAUUGGAUGAGAAAAAUCAUCAUGAAUGAAAACAAAUUCAUCUUGCAUCA